AUGGCAGCUAUAGACAAGCGUGAAGGAGCUUGCGGUACAAAAAGUAAGAAACAGUUGGGGAAAUAUUGCGUUGCUGGUGGACCUGGUAAUAUCAGUUGUAAGAAUAACUCCACCGUCCAAGGAAUAUCCAUGCAUGGAUUCCCUAAGACUGAAGGAACUCUGCGAAAUUUGUGGAUAAAGUUUGUCCAAUGA